AUGCCUCACGUUCAUGCCCUGAGCCUUGACGCAGAGAGCGCCGAGAGGCCCCUACGGAAGCCAGCGUCGAACCGCACGGUGAGCAACUAUCUAUCGGACUUGCAACAAGGCACCAACGGCCAGUCUGGCCGCGCCGACGCUCAUGGACUGAAGGACGCCAUGCACUGCGAUGCGGAAGGCCACAGCUUCCGUGAAGAACAGGAUUCUGCCGAAGGUGUUCGCAUGGGUUGCUGCAUUUGCCUUCGUCGAAAGCGAUCCCUUCCGUCGUGGCGAGGGCGUCUCCGUCUCAUGCGUCGACGCGUGGCCACCUUAAGAGAUCAAUCGAAUACAGCGCCACAUCCGUGGCAACCAAAACUGCCUCGGUCCUCACAAGGGGGCUCGCAGGUCGAAUCCGCAGACUCUGACCUGUGUGGGCCCAAGUCUAAUAAUCUAGUCAGGCAGGGGGCGGUCGCGCCAGCACCAGAGGCGCUCGAUUUGGACACAGAGAGUCUCAGCGACGACGAUUUUUAUUCUGUCGAGGACGUCGAAAUUGACGAAGACAGUCUUUACACCGAUCCUGAUGGCACACCGGAGGCAGCCACCCAGAACCCAUUGACAAGGGCCAGAGAGGACCUCAGGAGCAGUAGCCUAAAAAAGCGGCUGUCCAGCAUGAUGAAGAAGUUGUCAUUUAGGAGGGACGCUGGCCGAGUGGACCACCUCUUGUUGCAUGAGCCGAUGGACGAUGUGGACUUGAGGUCUGGGCCACCCAGUGCGGACGAGUUUGCUGAAAUGCUGCGCUUUGUUGGCACGUGGAAAGCUGACAGAAGCGCCAGUGAUGAAUACGAUGGAUUGUGCAAGGUCAUGCAGCUGGGCUACGCUUUCAAGAAGGCGCUGGAUGCUUCAGACACCAUGAAGAUCGAAAUCACACAAGAGGAGUUGAUCUACACUGGAAAAGUGUUGGGACUCUUCAGUCUUGUGGAGCGGAGGCCAUGGUCAGGAGACCAGGUGCCCCAUCGGAGAAGGGAUCUGCGUCGAGGGCGAGCUCUUGCCUCGGUGAAGCGACGACAUCGGAUGCUCGUGAUGCUACUCGAGUGGAAGGAUCCCAUGGAAGGCAAGAUUGUGGAGCACAUGCAAUUGUCCGAGGAUGCCGCAUCGUUGGUCCUUCGGGUGGACCUGCGCCGGAAAACAGGCAAUGCUUACGGGCAGGAGGUGCAUCUCAGGCUGGUUUUCCGUCGAGUUGGAUGA